UAAAGCGCGACACUACAGGAAGUAAACGGGACCAUACACUGUUUGUCAUUACUCUACCUCUUUAUAGUUUUGCUUUUGCUAGUGAUGGGAUCCUGAGCGCAAAUUGAGCGCCAAGUUUUUACUAGAAUACAUUGGUAUCAUGAAAGUGUAAGGACUUGAACAACUUCGGUUGUUCACCUGCGUCGCGAUAUGUCUGCAGCGACGCUGAGCACCACUACAAGCAAGCUGAAUGUGUUGGUCAACAAACUGCAUGAGUACUUGGCUAAUUCUACUGAGGACAGCAAUGGCACACCAACCUCAGAGGAUGCCGAUGGAUUGACAAACAGGAGCUGUUCUGUGGGAAACUCAACAAGUCAUGCUGCGACAGUGGCAGGAGUGGAUACCAAAUACUCAAGGAGAAAACCGUCUGUCGUCAUAAAGCACUCUGGACUGGAUGAAUCUGGGGACUCAAAUGCAAGUGAGGACGUGGAUUUACCAGUCAACGCAAAUGGUUACCCUGAUAUCAAUAGAUUGCCAAAAGGCACUGUACUGGUGAGGCCUGAACCUGUUGAUAAUGGAAGAGAUGACUUCAGGGGUCCUGAGUUUCGCAGCCGGAAAUCCGGCGUACUGCGGAAAGACUUUUCAAGAAGACGUGGAGGUGAACACAUGGAAAUUGUCAGUUGCACCGCAUGUGGCCGACAAGUUAACCACUUCCAGAGAGAUUCCUUCUUUCGACAUCCAGUUCUGAAAGUACUUAUUUGCAAGUCUUGCUACAAGUAUUAUUCAAGUGAUGACAUCAGUAAGGAUGGAGAUGGAAUGGAUGAGCAAUGCAGAUGGUGUGCUGAAGGAGGCAACUUGAUCUGUUGUGACUUCUGUAGUAAUGCCUUCUGUAAGAAGUGUAUUCUAAGAAAUUUAGGAAGGAAGGAGCUGUCCGGCAUCUUGGAAAGCAAAUGGUACUGCUAUGUGUGUAGCCCGGAGCCCCUUUUUGACCUGGUGAUGGCCUGUGACAGUGUCCUGGAGAACAUGGAGAAUCUGUGGUAUCAGCAGCGCAGGAGGAACCGAGUAGGGCCGGAGAAAUCUCUUUACCACAUGUUGCCACACUUGGCACAAAACAUUCCUAUGGAUAAAUGGGAUCACACUGGUAUGGAUGGCAGUGUGGUGUUCAACUAUAACACACUGCAGAUUUCCAAGGAGGUUACCAAAAAGGUCAAACAUUUAGUGGACUCAACAAACAUCUUAAACCGGACAUUUGUCAAUUUCAUCAACACUGUGACAGCGAACAAACAAGCACCUGCUGUUCGCAAACUGUACCUGAACUCUUUUUUGUCAGUAGUUAAAGGUUUGCGAAAAUCACUUGCAGCACUCGAGGAUAGCCUGAAGGAGGAAUUCACUGACUUGGAUGUCAUGAGCUGUUGGGAAAGGUUCUUUAGUGAUGACUUUAAUGCACAACCUGCAACGGAUGCAGACACAGAGCCAGCUAUCGCUAAUGAAAGGUGCUUGAGUGACUUGCAGAAAUUGGCAGCUGAACAUUUGGACGAUUAUGAUUCUGACUCCAAGGGCUACACAGAUGGGAGAACUGCACAUGCAUGCCCUGGGAAAAACAUGGAUUCAGAUUCACAUGAAGGCAGACAGAGGGCACAAAAGAUUGCCCUGAAGCCUUUGGAAAGCGGGGUGAAGAUGACUAAAAAACUAGUAGUAAAACUUACACCUGUACCAAUGGAGCAGGAGCCAUCCUCUGAUUCCCCAAAGGAGGAGGAGGAGGACAUCGACAUAGACGAUGAGAAAUCAGAGGGAAAGGAUGUAUCUGAAGCUGAAGAGACAUGCGUAAGUGCUACAGCUGAAAGCAAGAUGAGCAAUGACAACUCUAGUGCAUCUCUCCACCCAGAAGAGGAACAAGGCAAUAGACGCUCUCCUCGCGUGAAAACAACACCAUUGCGUCGACCAAGUGAUGUCAAGGCCAAAACGUCUCAUUCGGCAGCAGACAGUGACAGCGACUCUGACCCUGAGGAAACCUCCAGCACAGCACCAGCCAAAAACACUGAAGAACAAAGUCCGAGCAGAGCAAGAGACGACUCUGACUCAGAUGAAGUCCCUGCAGCUCUGCUUGAGCGAGCAGCUGUGACACAAAGCUCUGACGAACCCCAGAGUGAUGAGAAUGGUGGAAAAGGGUCGCCUAAGGUGGCCAAGAAAUGUCUCUUUUGGCUCACUAAGAACACCCCGAUGUCACCAGAGAAGAUGCGCCGCAAACGCAAGAUGCUGGACCGCUCCCCGGAGUCUGAUUCAAGUGACAGAAGAGUAAAAUCUCGAAGGGAAAGUGGGACAGAUUCCUCUAGUGAUGAUCAGGACUCGCAGAAGAAAACACAACACUUGAAUACGCUGCGGCCAAUAGGGAAGUCUCCACUCGUCAAACGAGAGAAUGAAGGUGUGGCUAGAAAGCAGGGCAGGAUACAGGCUGGAAAGUCUAAGGCUAAAUCCCGUCGGAAAGCAAGAGAAUCGUCACCCUCAUCAAGCGAAGACGAAGCUGAUGAUGAUGAAGACGACAACGACUUUGGGAGUGAAGGAAGUGAUCAGAAGAUGAAGCCAAUCACUGAAGAUGUGGCCUUACUGGGGCCAGCAACAUUCCACCAAUCAUCAGGAGAUGAGGAGCAAUCUGGGCCCUCGUGGGCAGCAGAAGAUGAUGAUGAUGAUGAUCCCGAAAAUAGAAUCGCUAAGAAAAUGCUAUUGGCCCAAAUCAAAGCCAACUACUCCUCGGGCGAUGAUAUCUCUUCGGAUGAGGAGACAGAGGAUGAAUCUGAGUCGGAGGAUGAUGAGGGCAAACAAGGAAAUGAGGAUAAUGAAACUGAGGAAAAUGGGGAAGACUUGGCUUCAGACUCAUCUGACACCACAUCUGAUGGGCCCAACUUCAGGCACCAUCUUCUCCGCCACAAACUAACCUUAGAGGGAGCGCCAAGUGACGAGGCCGUGGCAGAGAGUGAAGCAGGAAAGCAGGAGAUCAAGAAAAGAGACCGCAGCAAACACCUGAGCUCUGAUGGUGAAAGUGAUGGUGACGAGACAGAGCCGGAGAAUGUUGGGAUGAGCGAGGAGCUGAGUCAGUCAGAGGAUGAAGGCGGUGAAGACGGACUUAAAAGCUCCAAAUCAUCAAGUAACGUAAAGGAGGCACCCCACAGUUACGAGCAGAAGAAACAAGUGCCCUGCAUUUGGUUGUCAGACUCCAACAGUGAAAAGAGCGAUAGAGAGGAUGCAGAUGAGGAGAAUAACGACAGUCAAGGCACCCCCAAAGGACGCAAAAAGAUCCGCAAAAUCAUUGAAGAUGUGAAUCUCCGAGCUGAGACCCAGGAAGCCCUCCGAGAGGAGGAGGAGAGAUGCAAACGCUUGGCAAUCAGGGAACAACAGAUGGAGGAAAGGAGAGAGAUAAUUGUUAUAGAGGAUGAGCUGUCUCAAGUGGUGUGUCCCAUCACCACCAAGCUCAUCCUGGAUCAGGACGAGGAGACCAAAACGCCUCUUGUUCAGGUGCACAGGAACCUGGUGACGAGACUGAAGCCUCACCAGGUGGACGGUGUCCAGUUUAUUUGGGACAGUUGUUGUGAGUCUGUGAAGAAGGCCAACUCUUCUCCUGGAUCAGGAUGUAUACUGGCACAUUGCAUGGGCCUGGGAAAGACCCUGCAGAUGGUAACUUUCCUCCACACGGUGCUGCUGUCAGAGAACCUGAAAUUCAGAACGGCCCUGGUCGUGUGUCCACUCAACACUAUCCUCAACUGGGUCAGCGAGUUCAAGAAAUGGCAAAGCAACAUGGGACAGGAUAAAGUAAAAGUUACAGAACUGGCUUCAAUAAAGUAUCCUCCAGAACGAAUCAGGGCUCUGCAGAGGUGGGGGAGAGAUGGAGGUGUUAUGAUAAUGGGGUAUGAGAUGUACCGCAACCUAUCACUAUCCCAGAAAAUCAAAGAUGUGGAGUGCAAGAAAGUGUUGAAGAGCAUACUGGUGAAUCCAGGUCCAGACCUAGUGGUUUGUGACGAGGGACACAUUCUGCGCAACGAAGCAUCCAACAUCUCCAGAUGUAUGAAUGCCAUCAAGACCCAACGAAGAGUGGUGCUAACUGGCACACCACUACAGAACAACCUGAAUGAAUACCACUGCAUGGUCAACUUCAUCAAGAGGAACCUACUGGGUUCACUGGGCGAAUUCCGAAACCGCUUUAUCAACCCCAUACAGAACGGCCAGUGUGCCGACUCCACACCAAGAGACGUCCGAGUCAUGAAGAAUAGAGCACAUGUACUUCAUGCAAUGCUGGUUGGAUGUGUGCAGAGAAGAGAUUACUCGGAGUUAACUCAAUUUCUGCCUCCCAAACACGAGUAUGUGCUGGCAGUGAGGAUUUCCCCACAGCAGUACAAGUUGUAUCGCUAUUACCUUGAUCACUUCACCGGUGUGGGCUCUGUGCCUAACAUACCAAGGAUGAAGAUCGGAGCAAACAUAUUCAAGGACUUCCAGGUGCUCGGCCGAAUUUGGACUCAUCCCUGGUGCCUUCAGCUCCACUACAACCGCAAAGAAAAAAAGGGACAGAAGAAUAAAAGUAAAGCGGCAGCUCUUUUUAGAAAUAAAGAAACAACUGUGGCUGAGAGUGGACUGAGAGAGAUUGAAGGAAAAGAUGGGAAUAACGAUGACAGCAGUGUGUCCAAAGGCGCUUCAGCACUGGAAGGAGAGAACACAGCCAUCGGCUCGAAGCCUCAGGAUCUGGAUGAGGGCUGGUUCAAGAGUAUGCUGUCUGAAGAGGACGCCAACAUCAUGGAGCUCUCAGGGAAGAUGGUGCUCUUGUUUGAGAUCCUCAGAAUGGCUGAAGACCUGGACGAUAAAGUGCUUGUGUUCUCGCAGUCGUUGAUCUCAUUAAACUUAAUUGAGGAUUACCUCAAGGCUUCUCAUCAUGCCAGAGACCCAUCGUCAUUCAAAGCGGGCAGCUGGAUUAAAAAUGUUGAUUACUAUCGUCUUGAUGGUUCCACCACUGCCCUGUCAAGGAAGAAAUACACAGAUGAGUUCAAUCGUGCCACCAAUACUCGCGGCCGAUUGUUUCUCAUCUCAACGAGAGCCGGCUCACUCGGCAUCAACCUCGUUGCUGCCAACAGGGUCAUCAUCUUCGACGCCUCCUGGAAUCCCUCAUUCGACAUACAGAGCAUAUACAGGGUGUACCGGUUUGGUCAGCUGAAACAGGUGUUUGUGUACCGUUUCUUAGCUCAGGGCACCAUGGAGGAGAAGAUCUAUGAUCGUCAGGUGACCAAGCAGUCUUUGUCCUAUCGAGUGGUGGAUCAGCAGCAGAUUGAGAGGCACUUCACCCUUCAUGAACUGACUGAACUUUACACAUUUGAGCCAGACCUGCUGGACGACCCAAACUCCAAGAAAAGCAGAAGAACCACCUCUGUUUUGCCAAAGGAUGAUGUCCUGGCACAGCUUUUACGAAACUGUAAAGACCAGAUAGUGUCUUUCCACGAGCAUGAAUCUCUGCUGGACCAUAAACAAGAGGAGGAGCUCAGUGAGGCAGAACGCAAAGAUGCCUGGGCCGAGUACAAGGCCGAGUCUUCCAACGCUCCGGCCAGCACGAGCCAGAACCUCUUGGAUACGAAGACCAAUGAACAGCUAGUGGAAAUGCUGAAUAAGAGCAGAACAGACGUAUCGAUGGCCUUCGGGUCAAUGCAGAGUGUGAUUAUUCACACUAUCGAGCGCUACAUGUUGUCAAUGCGGCAACAGUAUCCUCUGCUGCCUGAGGCCAAAGUUCAGGCCAAAGCUGUUUAUUGGAAAGAGUUGGAUCAGAAGGAGCAGGAACGUAGACAGGCCCAUUAUCGAGACACUCUUUCACAGCAACAAACGCUCACAUUCAACAUUCAGGCAAUACUGAACAGUCGACGGAUGCAAGCGGUGUCGAUGCAGACGACCGUGACCACUGUGACUCAGCCUGGACAGACUUGAACGAGAAAAUGCUCUACGAGUGACUAAGAAUGUACGUUUUACCACUGUGGCAUUAGAGUAAAUCAUUGUCAGACAGUUAAAACAUUGUAACGGUAGCAUAUUAACACAUUUCUUUAGGAUUUCAGAUAAUGUAAUUUCAAUAGUAAUGUCCAGGUGCACUGACAGUUUUGUAACACUUUGAGCACUUUAACUUACACCUUAUAUGUAAUUGAGUUGUACAAAUAUCUUUUAUAGUUUGCAAAAACAAGAGUUGUUCAGCUGUCCCAAAAAAACAUUUUGUGGAGUCCAAACAUCAGUUUGAUGGUUUACAAACAGUAGGGUUACUGUACUUGCCUUAUUAUGAUUUUUACCUUAAUAUGUUUUGCUAUUGAAUUAAAAAUGUUAUAUGUUUUUUAAGCAGUUGUUAUAAGUAUAUAAUAAAUUAACUAAAUAACAGAAAA